UGCCGCCACUUCGACAUCAACUACCACAUCUCAACGUGCAGACCCACUGCGCGAUAUACCGGACACGCAAUGCUUGCACAGCUGUUGCGACGCAGGAAUCCGCACGCCAGCCGCUCAGCCCUGGCUGCACUUUCGACGGUCCAUCUUACGAAGGCGCGCUAUUUCCAUGGCACAAUGGGCGCGUCCGCGCCGUCGGGCUACGACCAGUUUAUCCUCUUUGGCGCAUCCAUAAUGGAGCAAGCUAGCACGCAAGAACGCGGGUUUGCCCUCGCGCCAGCCUUGCAACAGGCCUACAUCAGACGCCUUGAUGUAGUCAAUAGAGGGUUCAGCGGGUUCAACACCGACCAGGCGCUGAGAGUGCUGCCAAAGAUAAUACCAGACCCGGACCAGACUAGGGUCCGUUUCAUGGUCAUUCUUUUCGGAUCUAAUGACGCUUGCUUUGCGGAGGCUCAAAACGGGCAGCAUGUGCCAUUGGCUCAGUACAAGAAGAACCUCGUUGAACUCCUCACUCAUCCAGCGAUACAGGCUCACAAGCCUCGACUGCUACUGGUGACUCCGCCGCCCAUCGAAGAGAGACGUCUGGAGCAUCGUGUCAGGAGCCAGGGAUAUUCAAAGCUCAAUCGCUCCAAUGUCGUCACAAAGCAAUAUGCGGAGGCUUCCCGUGAGGUGGCAGGAGAUAUGGGAGUGGCCUGCGUCGAUCUCUGGACUGCUUUCAUGUCCAGGACGGGUUGGCAACCUGGCGACCCGCUCUACGGUUCUCAGGACUUGCCAGAGAACGACGCAAUCAGGAGCUUGAUCCACGACGGACUGCACUUCACCCCAGAAGCUUAUAAAAUAUUCUAUGAUGAGGUGGUGAAGACGAUCGCAAAGACGUGGCCCGACCAAUUGCCGGAUCAACUUCCAUACGUUAUUCCCGCCUGGGACGAUGGAGCGGCGUGGGCGAAGGAGGGGCUCAAGGUUGGAAAGGACAACGUUAUACGUCACGACUAGGGCUUAGCUAGAAUGCUACGAUUGUGCACUAGCUCUUUGAGCGGCAAUAUCCCAGACGGUCUAGUGAGUUCUAUGAAUUGCUGUCGCGGGAGGUGAUCCGGAGCUCGGCAGUACUAUGGCUCCGGAGCUCCCAUGUAUAUAUAGAGCUCCUCCACCAAUAUACACCUCAUCCGCUC